UAAAUUUCAUUCGAGUGUAAAACAAAAACAAACUUGAAACUUCGGUAGUUCAGUUAUCUCAUCUUCUGUAUAAUCAUAAAUUUGUUAACUCUCAAAAUCCAAAAAUCUCUGAAAAAGUGAAAAACGUAGGUUGUUUAAUAAUUCUAAAUUCCUUUCAGACAAUUAACCUGUUUUUCAUAAAUUAGCACAAUGGUUUAUUCUACCGAACCUAAAUCCGACGGUGAUAAGCAAAAGAACACUUUGGACAUCGGUCUGUUGGAAGAAGACGAUGAAUUCGAAGAGUUCCCAGUGGAAGAGUGGACUAGCCAAGAUGAAGAAGAUAAAGAGGCUAAUGUUUGGGAAGAUAAUUGGGACGAUGACAAUGUCGAGGAUGAUUUCAGUGUUCAAUUGAGAGCUGAAUUCGAAAAGCAAAAUAUUCCUGCUACCUUUUAAGUCUACUGAUCCAUAAUGUGGUAUUUUUGUGUUAAAUACAUGUACAAACAAAAAUUAUAAAUUCAUACAACUAAUAUAGCGUUAUUACUAUUUUUAAUAUUUCUUUUUGUUUAAUUUGUAAUUUGGGAUAAAAUAAUUUCUUAAUGUGUACAUUAUAACAAACAAUAUUAUUGUAAUGUUUUAUGUUAAAAAAUUACCCGUUUUAAAUUAAUUAAACAUUAAGGUUUUUAAACAGAUCAA